UUACACAGCGCCAUAAUGUCAGCCCGCCAGAUUAUCAAGCCCAAUAACCAGAUCGCAUCCAGCCCAUUUCGUCCUCCGGGCCCCCAGCCUUCCGCAAACCCCCCAACCCGAAUUCCCCAACAACACACCUCUCCCCAUCCGGGCCCCGCCUCCGCCGAGGCCGCCGCCCGCCGCACAAACCGGCCACCGCCACCAUGGACGACGAGACCCUCGGUGCUGUCCUCUCCUGCCGUCUCGUCCUCCGCCUACCUCUCCUCCCCCUUCCCCACCGCCUCCCCCGGCGGCGAGGAGGAGGAGGAGGACCGCGUCGGCCGCCUUCCCGACGCGAUCCUCCGCAACAUCGUCUCCCGCCUCCCCACCAAGGAUGCCGCCCGCACCGCGGCGCUCUCCUCCCGCUGGCGCCACCACUGGGCCUCCACCCCUCUCGUCCUCGACGGCGACGGCGGCGCCGGCGGGCUCGCCCCCGCCCCCGCCGCCGCGGCGCUCGCCUCCCACCCGGGCCCCGUCCGCUCCGCGCGCCUCGCCGCCUCGCGGGACCCCGGGGCCGUCGCCUCCGUUCUCGCCUCCCUCGCCGCCGGGGGCGUCGAGGACCUCCUCGUGGUGCUCAACGGCUCCUGCCCCGCCCAGUGGCGCGUCCCCUCCGACGUCCUCGGCUGCGCGGCCCUCGGCCGCCUCUGGAUCGGCCUCUGCCAGUUCCCGGACACGUCCGGCGUCGCCCCGGCUCUCCUGAGCCUGCGGGAGCUCGGCAUUGUCCGCUCCUCCGUGCCGGACCGCGACCUCCACGCCGUCAUCCCACGCUGCCCUGUGCUCGAGACCCUCGCGUUCGCGCUCACCCAGGACUACCCGAGAUACGUCCACAUCUGGUCGGAGAGCCUCCGCUGCGUGGUGAUUUGGAAGUCGAUGCUCAGAGAGGUGCACCUUGAUGACGCCCCCAGCGUGGACCGGCUACUGGUGGAGCCGAUUGCUGAUGCUACCACACACAUCAAGAUCAUUAAAGCACCAAAGCUGAAGAUUCUUGGUUACUUUGAUGUUGGACUGCAUCAGCUCAAGAUCGGUAAUACUGUCAUCAAGAUUGAUACAAAGGUGAAGCCAAGCGCAAUGGUUAGGACCCUCAGGACAUUGGCAUUGAAGGUGCAGUUUGGAGUUGAGGAUCAAGUGAAGUUGGUUCCCACCUUGCUCAAAUGCUUCCCAUGCCUAGAGACUUUGUAUAUCACGUCGGUUCCUUCUGAAGCACCAGACAAUGUUGACAUAGAAUUCUGGGAUCAAGUUGGCUUCACAGAAUGUGUCUAUUCACAUCUAAAGAAGUUGGUGUUAGAUGCUGUGCGAGGCGAGGAUAGUGAACUGGCAUUUGCAAAGUUUGUCAUGGAAAGAGCUCAAAUGCUGGAGGAUAUGCGCGUCUUAGUGGACGGUAGUUGUUCGAGAGAUGUUCUGCUAAGUUGUUUAUCUUCAGAAGGGUGUGUGUCUGCAGAUGCUACAGUUGUGGUGGAGAGGUUCGAUGUGACUGCAUGGUCCUUCCAGAGAGCCAUUGACUUGUUUGUUGUUGCAGAGUGAUCCAUUUGGUUACUGAACCUGGAGGUCUUCCAAUUGCAGCCAAUAGCCACAGAAGACUUCCAACAAAACAGUAAACUUUGCCCAUUGGGGACCUGCCAGGCCUCAAUGAGAUGAAUCAAGGAACAUGAUCUUCCCAUGCUUUUGUAAAGCUUUGUUGUGUUGCCUUGAUGUUGUAUCAGUACUUGUGAAGGAGCAUUGUCCAUUUUGGUAAUCUGUUUGAGUCUGAGGAUUUUAAGUGUCGUUCAUCUUGUUGGUGUGUAAUGGAGGCUGCGAUUGGAGCUUCCGCGGAGCAUUUGAUCUUUCAGUGAGCGGACCUAUUGAUUGCUGAAGCCUAGAUGCUAGCCAGUAGUAUCAAUACAUUACAUUUCAAGAUUAAUGGCCUAUGUGCUGUGUAGAUAGUUUAUUGUCCUCUCUAGUAAGUGAAGUUAUAGCUUUGAAUAUGAGAAAAGCUAAUUAGCCAUGCUACUUAUGGAUUUAGAUUGAUUACGGAUCAUUUCUUUGUGAUGCAAAUGAUGUCAUAUUUGUUGGUCGAAAUGCAGUGUCUCCUUUGUUGCAUCUGUUACAGAUUGUCAGGUUUAAGUGCAAAUGCUCACAAACUGACAUACGUCUUU